AUGGACUCCACCACCGAAGCCACCCUCAUCUCCAAACUGGAGUCCACCGAUCUCACCAACAUCCAAUCCCUAUUCUCCUCCUACCUCCACCCCUUCACCUCUCUCCUAAACUCGCAAUACCCAAACUCCAAAUCCAAAAGACCUUCAAAGACCCUAGUCGACACCGCUUCCCACUCCACUACCCGAUCCCUUGCCAAACAAUUCCUCCCCUUCCUCAACAAAACCCUAUGUGUAAUCCCCAAACGCCUCUCUGAAUCCCCCAAAAUUUCCAUCCAAUCCGCCCUCGAAUUGUUCCAUAUUUACAAACUCUGCCUCAACUGCCUUGACUCUAUAUCUUCGCAGUUGUCGUGUAAACCCUACUCUGUUCACAUACAAAGAGUUCGUUUAACACAUUGUUUUCAGGCGUGGGAGAGGUAUAAAGAUGCAGAGAUUGAGGGGCUUUCGGUUCUUGAGAGUCUUCGAGGGAUUCAGUCUGGUGUUUCAGGAGCAAAGGGCACAAAGGCAAAAGGGAAGUUCGUUCCAGAGUUGAAUAAAGAGAGCGUGGAUCAAGAUUUUGCACUGUUGGUUGUGGAGAUUGUUGUGGCACUUGUUAAAUGUACUUCUACGAGUCAAAGUAAAGAAGAAGCCGAUUAUUGUCGAGUACUCACUUUAGUAGAUGAGGUCUCACCUUGGUUCAGAGUUGUAGAUGCUAAUAAGAAUGAGAAGAUGCACAUGGUUCUUGUGACAUGUCUAAGUAGAUGUGCUGUAUUCUUGGUUGAGGAGCUAAGAUGCUUCAAUGGGCGUCUGGUGCACAAAUUUUGCUUGGCAACAUUUACUGAACAUUCAAAAUCAUCCAUGAAAGAUCCAAUGUACAAG